AUGGGGGAACACAAGCAAACGCAAGGCGGAAUUAGAAUUGCUAUAGAUCGUGGUGGAACCUUCACCGACUGUGUGGGAAACCCAGGCACGGGGAAGAUGGAGGAUGAUGUGAUCAUCAAACUCCUAUCUGAAGACCCUUCCAACUACGACGAUGCCCCUCUCGAGGGUAUCAGGCGGCUGAUGUCCAAAUUCCUCAAGAAAGAUAUUCCUCGUGGAGAGCCUUUAGAUACUUCAAAGAUAGAAUCCAUUCGAAUGGGAACCACUGUAGCUACGAACGCAUUACUGGAAAGAAAGGGCGAAAAAAUUGCUAUGGUGGUGACCAAGGGAUUCAAAGAUUGUCUGGAAAUUGGCAAUCAAUCAAGACCUAAGAUUUUCGAUCUCGCGAUCAAAAAACCUGACGUCUUGUACGAAUUUGUGGUGGAGAUUGACGAAAGGGUUACGUUGGAAGAUUACGCUGAAGAUCCGGAGCGAAGUAUUACCAAAGUUGAAGCUAAUGGUACACAAGAUCAAGAUCUGGUGCGGGGUUUAUCUUCCGAAGCUGUACGCGUAUUGCAGCGUCCUGAAGAACAAACCAUCCGAUCACAAUUACAGGAAGUUUUCGAUCAAGGAAUUAAAAGUAUAGCAGUCUGUUUGAUGCAUGGUUAUACAUUCCCUGACCACGAAGCCUUGGUUGGCAAAAUUGCGAAAGAGAUUGGAUUUGAGCAUGUAUCUCUUAGCCACGAGCUGAUGCCUAUGAUCAAACUGGUCCCAAGAGCCACAUCAGCAUGUGCUGAUGCAUAUUUAACACCCGCGAUCAAAAAGUAUAUCGCUGGAUUUUCCAAAGGCUUUGAAGGUGGCCUCGGAGCGGAAAGCGUGAAAAAUGCAAAAGGAACAAAAGGGGCUCGGUGCGAGUUUAUGCAGAGUGAUGGAGGUCUGGUAGAUGUCGACAACUUCUCGGGCCUUAAAGCAAUUCUCUCGGGCCCUGCUGGAGGAGUUGUAGGAUAUGCACUUACUUCAUAUGACCCAGAGACUAAGAUACCCGUAAUUGGGUUUGACAUGGGCGGUACCUCUACCGAUGUCUCUAGAUAUGGCUCGGGAAGAUAUGAACAUGUCUUUGAGACCACUACAGCUGGUGUGACUAUCCAGUCUCCUCAACUCGAUAUCAAUACUGUAGCUGCAGGUGGUGGAUCGCGUUUAUUCUUUAAGAAUGGGUUGUUUGUGGUUGGACCAGAAUCGGCUGGUGCACAUCCUGGACCUGCAUGUUAUCGCAAGGGAGGGCCAGCUGCGGUUACCGAUGCAAAUCUUUUCUUGGGUCGACUCAUUCCUGAUUUCUUUCCAAAGAUUUUCGGAAAGAAUGAAGAUGAGGGUCUCGAUGUUACAGCAAGCGAGAAGCUUCUUCAAGAACUAGCCGAACAAGUCAACAAGGAGAUGGGUAAAAACAUGACUGCUGACGAAGUCGCUUACGGAUUCUUGACUGUCGCGAACGAAACCAUGACCCGACCCAUCCGAUCUCUAACAGAAGCGAAGGGUUUUGAUACAUCCAAGCACCGCCUUGCGACAUUUGGGGGUGCUGGUGGACAACAUGCCGUUGCGAUUGCUGAGAGCUUGGGUAUACGUCAAAUACUUGUUCAUCGCUAUUCAUCGGUACUGUCAGCAUAUGGCAUGGCUUUAGCUGAUGUAGUCGAUGAGGAACAGGAGCCAGAAUCGAAGAUUUGGUCCGACGAUGGAGAGUCACGAGAUUACUUGAAGAAGAAAAUCGAGGAGCUCAAGCAAAAGUCGACCAAUGCCCUAAAGUCCCAAGGGUUCCAAGAUACUUCUAUAGUUCACGAGGAAUAUCUUAAUAUGAGAUACCGUGGUACUGAAUCUGCAUUGAUGGUUGUCAAACCCGAGAAGCAAGAUGUAGAGGAAUUCGGUGGUGAUGAAUGGGCUUACGGGAAAGCUUUCAUCAAACAGCAUCAACAAGAGUUCGGCUUUACUUUACCUGAUCGAGAUAUUAUUGUAGACGACGUCCGAGUUCGUGGUAUUGGAAAGAGUUUUGAAGGACUCGAAAAGACAGUGGAUCAACAAUUGAAGGAGAUCAAACCUAAGGAUGUUGAAAAUGGCAAGAAAGAGUACAAGAGAUCCCAAGUAUAUUUUGAAGGUGGCCGACAAGAUACUCCCAUAUACAAGCUGGAAGACCUUGAUACCGGCCAUCGAAUCAAAGGACCAGCAAUUCUUGCAGAUGGAACACAAACUGUUGUCAUUACUCCCGGUACAAGUGCAUUGAUAAUCGAAACGCACGUAGUGAUAAACAUUGGUGGGCAUGAAAGCAAAGACAAAUCGUCGACCAAAGACGAAACAAAAUCAGUAGACCCUAUUAUGCUUAGUAUUUUUGCUCAUAGAUUCAUGGCUAUUGCAGAACAGAUGGGCAGAGCACUUCAAAAAACCAGUGUCAGCACAAAUGUCAAGGAGAGACUCGACUAUUCAUGCGCGUUGUUCGACUCUACUGGUGGAUUGGUAGCUAAUGCUCCACACCUUCCAGUCCAUCUGGGCUCGAUGUCUACCUGCGUCAAACGUCAAGCUGAAAUUUGGAAAGGCAAGCUUGUCAAAGGAGAUGUAAUAGUUUCCAAUCAUCCUGAAUAUGGAGGAACGCAUCUUCCUGAUAUUACUGUCAUCACCCCUGCUUUCAAUCCGGCCGGUGAUAAAAUCCUUUUCUACGUCGCUUCUAGAGCCCAUCACGCUGAUAUUGGUGGUAUUCUUCCCGGUAGUAUGCCUCCGCAUUCGAGAGAAUUAUACCAAGAAGGAGCCGCAAUCAAGUCUGAGAAACUAGUUAGCGCAGGUCACUUUAAUGAGGAAAGAAUGACACAGCUUCUUCUUGACGAGCCUGCACAAUAUCAAGGGUGCAGUGGUACACGAUGUUUGGCAGAUAACAUCUCGGACCUCAAAGCUCAAAUUUCUAGUAACAUGAAAGGCAUCAAUCUUAUCAGUACACUGAUUGAGGAAUAUGGCGAAGAAGUGGUAAACUUCUAUAUGGUUAAUAUCCAGAAUAAUGCCGAGCUUAGCGUGAGAAAUCUCCUGAAAGAUGUUAGCAAGCGAUUCGAAGGACAAAACUUAUCAGCAAUCGAUUAUAUGGAUGAUGGCAGCCCGAUCCAAUUGAAAAUCACCAUCGACGCCGAAAAAGGAGAAGCCGUAUUCGAUUUCGAGGGAACUGGUCCAGAAGUAUAUGCAAAUACCAACGCUCCCCAAGCCGUAACCUAUAGCGCAAUCAUCUACUGUCUCCGCAGUCUCAUCAGUGAAGACAUCCCCCUCAACCAAGGCUGUCUCAAACCCAUCACCGUCCUCAUCCCACCCAAAUCCUUCCUCUCUCCCUCGGACAAAGCCGCCGUCGUCGGCGGCAACGUUCUCACCUCUCAACGCGUCACAGACGUCAUCCUCCGCGCCUUCCGCGCCUGCGCCGCCUCCCAAGGCGACUGCAAUAAUCUCACCUUCGGCUUCGGCGGUAACGUCGACGGCCAGAAACACGUCAAGGGUUUCGGAUACUACGAAACCAUUGCCGGUGGAAGCGGUGCAGGAAAACACUGGGAUGGAACAAGUGGAGUGCAUACGCACAUGACGAACACGCGAAUUACAGAUGCCGAAGUCUUCGAACGCCGCUAUCCGGUCUUGCUGAGAGAAUUCUCCCUCCGCGCGGGAAGUGGCGGGGAGGGAAAAUACAGGGGCGGAGAUGGAGUCAUCCGCGACAUCGAAUUUAGAAUCCCCGUCCAGGUGUCAAUUCUAAGCGAGCGAAGAGUCUACAGACCGUAUGGGCUCGAGGGCGGCGCAGACGCUCAAUGCGGGUUGAAUAUCUGGGUGCGGAAGGUGGCGAAGAGCGACAGGGGGAGAUCGGAUUUAUUGUUGCGGGAGUCUGGGUCUCGGGGCAAUAACAAUAGCGGAAAAGAAACCCAGGAAACACAAUACGAAGAACGUCGCAUCAAUCUCGGGGGUAAAAAUACCGCCGCGAUGAAAGCUGGUGAGCGCAUUAUUAUUCAUACCCCUGGAGGUGGCGGAUGGGGAAAGGUAGGCGAGGAGAGGGAGGUCGAUCGGAGGAGUGAUCCAAAGGCGGCGUGGAAGGGGGGAAGUUAUGCUAGUAGGGAGGAGAUGGCUCUGCAGGCUUGA